CGCCCCUGAGUCUGGAGCAGCAGCAGCAGCAGCAGUGGAGCUUCACUGCCUCUCCUCGCCUCACAGUGCGGGAAUAUACCAGCGGAGAGCAGAAUGGACACGGAAGGGAGCCAGAGCAGCCUGUCCUCCGGCACGGACAACUCCCCCCACGACCCCUGCAAAAUGUUCAUCGGGGGUCUGAGUUGGCAGACAACACAAGAGGGCUUGAAGGAGUACUUCUGUAAAUUUGGCGAGGUGAAGGAGUGUAUGGUGAUGCGGGAUCCCGUUACCAAGCGGUCGAGGGGCUUCGGGUUUGUAACAUACGCAGAGCAAGCCGGUGUGGAAAAGGUUUUGGCGCAAAACAGACACGAGCUGGAUUCCAAAACGAUCGACCCAAAAGUGGCGUUUCCCCGCCGGGCCCAGCCUAAGCUGGUGACCAGGACAAAGAAGAUCUUUGUCGGAGGGCUGUCAGUCAAUACCACCAUCGAAGAUGUGAAGCAAUACUUCGACCAGUUUGGAAAGGUCGAUGAUGCCAUGCUUAUGUUUGACAAAACAACCAACAGACACAGAGGCUUUGGCUUUGUUACCUUUGAGAAUGAAGACGUGGUGGAGAAAGUGUGUGAGAUCCACUUCCACGAGAUCAACAACAAAAUGGUGGAAUGUAAGAAAGCCCAGCCCAAAGAGGUGAUGACGCCGACAGGCUCAGCCAGAGGCCGCUCCAGAGUGAUGCCUUAUGGGAUGGACGCCUUUAUGCUGGGCAUUGGCAUGCUGGGCUACCCAGGUUUUCAGACUGCUACCUACACCAGUCGCAGUUACUCUGGAAUUGCGCCCGGUUACACUUAUCAGUUCCCGGAAUUCCAUUUAGAGAGGACCCCCCUCCUGACAUCAUCCCACCCCCCUGAGCUGGCAGCCAUUCCGCUGACUGCAUAUGGACCAAUGGCAGCAGCCGCAGCAGCAGCAGUAGUUAGAGGCUCCACCCCUUCACGCACAGCUGGCUUCCUGGGCACCAGCAGCCCUGGACCAAUGGCUGACCUGUAUGCUGCAGCCAAUCAGGACUCAGGAGUCAGCAGCUACAUCAGCGCCGCUAGCCCUGCCCCUAGCACAGGGUUCGGCCACGGUCUAGGGGGUCCUCUGAUUGCUACUGCGUUCACUAAUGGCUACCACUGAGAAGACUCAGGUCACUGAAGAUGGGAGGGCUUCUCCUCUGCUGAUGAGCCAAUCACAAUGCUGGCUGCCCACUGAUGGCACAACCUGAUUGGCCGGCCACAGGCUCUACCGGGCCCUCCUGGGUCCCUGUGGCUCCACCCACCGACUGAAUAUCUUUUUAAAUCCUGAACUCUUGUUUUGAUGUACUAAUCUCACUUCAACAUAACGUCCCCUUCUCUCCUCUUUUGUCCUCAUGUAGUCUAAUAACUAGAUUCCACCCACUGUUAUCCUUUCUUUUGAAGCUGAGAAAAGAAAAACUGAAAAAAAAAAAAAAAGAAAAAAAAUCUCAGAGGAAACAUUUGUCAUCUUCGACAAAGACACAGAGGACUAUUGAGUUUUUUUUGUAUUAUUAUUAUUUUAUUUCAAUGUGAUAAGUCGUUUCAUCAUGAUCCUUCAAAGCUGUUACUAAUGUGACCAGAGAGAGAAAAAGCCGUGCAAGAUGGGUCAUUGUCUGAAAACCAUUUUUAACAAAGGAAGAACAAAUCCAACAAAGUCCUUUUUUUUAAAACUCAAGCUUCACGGAAACACGGAAAAAAACUAAAAUGUAUAUUUUGGUAGUCUUUAAAAACAAAACCUUUGUAAUAUUGUUAUUAAUAUUGACAUAAUAAUGAUAAUCUGUAAGGUAUUUUAUUCUGUAAUUGGUUUUAAAGCAAUGUUUUUAUGUCUUCCUGUAAGAUAUUGUACAUAGACGUUGGGGUGGAGGGGUGGGGGGUGGAGGGGUUACUGAACCGGCUGGCAUGCCAUUGGUUGGUUUGGAAAGGGUUAACAGCAGGAUGUCAUCUACUACUUUGUGUGGUCAUCUCACUUCUUUUAUCAGUAUGCAUAUGGUAUAUGUGUACGUUGUUGGCCAGUCCGCUCCAGCGUCGCCUCAGUGACGAUAACUGUCGAGAGCUUCCGGGGAGUUUUUCUGGCAUAUUCAUUCAGUUCAAAAACUUUACAAAGUCACGGCUUUGUUUUCUUUGCUUCUCGAAAAAGCAACCUUGACUUCAUAGUUUUAACACCAUGAUGAACCAGAUUUCUUGUAUCUUCAUGAAAACAACUCCAGACUAAGAUGAUGGACUACAGAAGAAUAACACCUUCAAACAGGAAAAAUCAGGGGUUCACGGGGUUGGGGGCUGACUUGACUUCUUCUUUUUUGAAAAUAUUAUAUAUAUUUUUUUGUGCGAUUCACUUCUUAAUGUUUUUUUGUUUAUUUUCUUUCUUUUUUUUUAAUUCUUUUAUGCGGUGUUCUCCACCGUGAAAACAAAUGAAGGACAUUCUCAGAGAAGCAAUUGUAGAAAACAUCACGGUCAUGUUCUGUCCUCUUAUCACUAUUGAAGGUGCAUGUGAUUGCGUCUGAGUGUGUGUGAGUGAGUGUUGUGCGCAUACAUCAAGGUGUAAUAUGGAACUACUUUUGGCAACGAAGGAGCAUUUCGAUUGCCUUUUUUUGGUACUGAAAAAAAAAAAAAAAAAGAUUGCCCUGUUCCAUUUUGGCUCAUCUGCUCCUCUCCCCUGCCUCCCUCCCAUUUCAUAUUUAGUUUUAAUAAAUUUGUGCUCCUCUGGAACUGACAUAUUAUUAUUAAUAUACAGUUGCUGCUCCGUGUAGUGGUGAACAGAGGGGGUUUGGGCAGGUAACCAGAAAUGGAACAGGGUCUCGCUCCCAGUGGGCUCUGAUACAGGACCUCAGUACAGACAACACUGGCUGGCAGGAAAAGUCAGAAAGCUGGAACAAAUUCAACAUUUAAAAAAAAACAAGCAGGCUGUUUGUUCAGCCUUCUUGCUGCAGCCUGUUUGAUGUUCAGCACAGCAGAAAACUUCCUGAUCCAGCCAGUCGUUCCUCUGUCAGACCGCCUGGGACACAACAUAAAACUACUGCUGGACACCAACACUGUAACUUUUUAACUUACAAUAAAGCAAUAAGUUAUUUUUUACCUUACAAAUGAAAAUAGUACUAUUAUUGGUAAUAGCAGACGACGUGUGGAUAAUUCUGCGGCAUUAAGACUUAUUUUCAGAAAAAAAAAGAACUAUAUUUUUCUGUUUUGAGAUCUUGUUCCCCUUGUAUAUUGAUUUUAAUGAUGUCUUUUUGUUGUGUUGAUGUAAGGAAAAGGGCCAAUGCUUUGAAUGGAGCUUGUAGCUCUACAUGAGCUCAGUUAAAGUUUAAGUUUUGGGCUGUCCUCUGCCAAGCUUUACAGCAAUGCUUUUAUUUUUUUUCCUUGUUUUUUUCUGACAAUUUCAAUUUUAAAAUCCUAAUAAAUUAUUCUAAAGCA